GAAGACCUCUCCUCCCACUAACACCAAAGCCAGGAGAGGUACCAACUCCUGAAUUUCAGCUGGAGAAGCGGCCACAGCACAAUGAAGCUUUUAAUAGGCCUUGUUUUCUGUUCCUUGAUCAUGGGAGUCAGCGGUGAAGGCUGGUAUUCGUUCUUCAAGGCGGCCGUGCAAGGGGCUUCGGACAUGUGGAGAGCCUUCUGGGACAUGAAAGAAGCCAAUUACCGAAAUUCAGGCAGAUACUUCCGUGCUCGAGGGAACUAUGAGGCUGCCCAGAGGGGCCCUGGGGGUAUCUGGGCUGCAAAAAUCCUCAGGUGA